AUGGAGCUGACACUGUAUCAGGCGGCAGACAUCUCGAUUGUGUCGCAAUACUAUUCUCCAGUGGCUGCGAGUGCCAUCACGUACGCCAUCAGCAACUUCCUUCCAUAUGCGAACAACUUUCCCCACUCGAAGGUGCGGCUGACGCCUGACAAGGACAUUGCCGAGCGGCUGCACUUUGAAUGCUUCUUGACGAUUCGCAAGAGCCCCCACGACACUCAGGGCACUCCCCUGCUCGUGGUGAUCUCCUUUGCGGAUGAUUAUCCGCAGAAAAUGCCGUCUGCCGUUCUCGUACCACCGCCUGGUGGGGAGAAGAUCAAGCACCCGUACUCGGUCAUGUCGAUCGAUGGACGCAUCCAAGUGGAGUGCUUGUCGUAUUUGCGCGGGGUAGUACGGCCGUAUUCGUUGCUGGACAUGCUGCUCGCCAUUAGCGAGCAGUUUGAGGUAGAAUACCCCCUCGUUGGAGCGAACGACGUCCCUCCUACCGCAGUGGCGAGUGAGCGGCCCAGUGUGCAGAGUGCCGGGUUGAACGGAAUGGACCCCGCCCGCCAGUCACUAGUGCAGGAAGCGGCGGAGCGUGUCGUGAUUGACGUGAACCAAAAAGCUAGCAAAUACCUUGACAUGCGCAAGCAGGCUCUCCUGUACCUGCAGAAGUUGAACGAGUCGAACAGGGAGCUGCAAAAGGCUAAAGAGAUCCUCAGGGAACACCAAUACGAGCUACAGGAGUACUUGCCGAGCGUAGGCAACGUAAGCUCACUCGUGCGUCAGCUGGACGGACACGAGGACACGGUAGAGGAGCACGCCAACUGCCUCGUCCCCGCUGAUCCGCUGCAGGCACGUGCGCUGGAACUAAUGGCAGAGAUUCAUGCAGCGGACGACACGCUGGCGCUGUUGGAGGAGGGGCUGAAGCGAGAGUUGAUGACCUGUGACGAAUACGUCAAGAACGUCUCCGAUGUUGGGCGAGAGCAGUUCGUGUCGCGGCACUUGUACUUGAGAGUUUCCGAUCAGCUUGGCAAGACGAACAGCAGCGCGGCGGCCACCACACCCAUCUCCACACCACCCCCUGUACAGACACCUCGCUCACCACCAGAGGUGCCGCAUCGGCUUGCACCGGCAGAGGCUCUACGGAUGGAGUUUCCGUCCGCUGAUGUGGACGUCAUUCGUGACGUUUUGGCGUCUGUGGAAGGUGACCUAACAAUCGCCCGACAGCAGCUCAAGAUGAUGUUUCCCUAG